UUGAAAAUAAGGUGUAGGUGUCGGUGUAGGCUAGCCUACUGUUAAAUGUAUGUGCUACUGUGACUUUAAAGGGGUGUUGGUUCGCUGAGAGAGAGGUAACAGGUUUAAUUUAGUCGCUACGAACACAGCGUAGCCUACAUCUCGGAUCCUCUCUGCCUUUUAACCAGUGUUGUCUUUAUUGCUUUCAAGAAGACAUUCUCCAAAAAAGCCGUGCGUGUCAGCCGCUGCACCCUUCCUGGAGCGAUGGGAGAAGCCGAGACGCGUCAGAAAUUGCUGCGCAAUGUGAAGAAAGAGGUGAAACAAAUUAUGGAAGAAGCAGUGACAAGGAAAUUUGUGCACGCAGACAGCAGCCACAUCAUAUCCUUCUGCGCUGUAGUGGAGGCCUGCAUGCUCCAUGGACUGAAGCGUCGUAUUGCAGGCCUGCUGUGCAGUAACAAGGUCGCAGCACUCUUCAUGAAGGCGGCAAAAACCUUUUCUCCUGCGGAGGAACUCUGCCACAAGGUCCAGGAGCUGGAACAGCUCAUCGAAAUCAGCAAGCAGAACAAUUCUUCAGUGAGUAAUGACCGCAGUCGACAAUCCAAGUUGGCUAACCUCCCUCCUCAGGCACUCAAACACCUGUGGAUCCGAACUGCCCUGAUGGAGAAGCUCCUGGACAAGAUUAUCCUAUACUUGGUAGAGAACAGCAGUGCCUUCUAUGAGAAAGAAGCCAUGCUGAUGGAUCCUGUAGAUGGACCAAUUCUUGCAUCUCUAUUGGUUGGCCCUUGUGCUUUGGAGUACACCAAAGUUAAGACUGCAGACCAUUUUUGGACGGACCCUUCUGCUGACGAGCUUGUGCAGCGGCAUCGCAUCCACAGCGGCCACUGUCGGCAAGAUUCACCCUCCAGACGGCCUGCCCUGAUCCAGAAGAGACAGUCCAGUGGUAGCAUGGAUGAUCGCCCACUCAUGUGGGUGAGGGACUAUGUUGAAUCACUCCACCAAAACUCCAGAGCUACACUUCUGUUUGGAAAGAACAAUGUCCUGGUGCAGCCGAGAGAUGACAUGGAGGCCAUCCCAGGCUACCUUUCACUGCAUCAAACUGCAGACCUCAUGACACUGAAAUGGACUCCCAAUCAGCUGAUGAAUGGCAAUGUGGGGGAGCUAGAUUCUGAGAAAAGUGUUUAUUGGGAUUAUGCUAUGACAAUUCGUUUGGAGGAGAUUGUGUAUCUACACUGUCAUCAGCAAGUGAACAGUGGUGGGACGGUAGUCCUGGUGAGCCAGGAUGGGAUCCAGAGACCCCCUCUACAUUUCCCCAAAGGAGGACACCUCCUCCAGUUUCUCACCUGCCUGGAAACCGGCCUGCUACCUCACGGGCAGCUGGACCCACCACUCUGGAAUCAGAGAGGAAAGGGAAAGGUUUUCCCCAAACUGCGAAAGAAGAGUCCACACGGCUCAUGUGAUUCCGUAUCCGAUAAGGAAGAUGAUGAAGCAACCGAUUAUGUGUUUCGAAUCCUUUUUCCUGGCAUUCAGAUGGAGUUCAUGGCCCUAGAGCUGAUGGACCAGGGCGUGAACAUGUGGCAACCGACACCCAGAAAGUCCUCGUGCUUCUCCUGCUCACAGAAUGGCUCCUCUGAUGGCUCUCUGCCUAAUGGCUGUAAUCAGGAAAGGGCUCCCUUAAAGCUCCUUUGUGACACAAUGAAGUACCAGAUAAUCUCCCGAGCUUUCUAUGGAUGGCUUGCAUACUGCCGUCAUCUGUCCACAGUUCGUACCCACCUUUCUGCUUUGGUCAACACCACUAUAGUUGACCAUAAUGUGCCCUGUGAUGCCCGAGGAGGCCUCUCUGUGGAGGUUUGGGGCCAAUUCCUCAAGGACAGCUCUGCGUAUAAGGAAGAAGAGUUACACAGGCUUGUGUAUUUUGGUGGUGUGGCUCCUUCACUACGCAAAGAGGUCUGGCCCUUCCUGUUGGGACACUACCAGUUUUCCAUGACUGAGAAAUGCCGGCUAGAGAUUGACGAGCAGAUGCGGGCCAUGUAUGAGCAGACUAUGAAGGAGUGGCAUGGUUGCGAGGCCAUUGUCCGCCAGACGGAGAGAGAGAAACAUGCCGAGGCCAUCGCCAGAUGUUCAUCUGGAGCCAGUGUGGAAAGAGGACCAGUGCAGCGGGACUCUACCAUCAGUACAGAUUCGUCUCUAAGUAGCAGCUCAGAUCAACAGAAUGCUGAUUCCACCAGCAGCGCACAGGUAUGUGGAUCAGUUGAGGCAGUGGAUCAGAUUGAGACUGAGCCCAAGGCUGAGGAAGAAGUACAGCACAAUAAUCCACUGAAGGACAUCCCGAGUGACACUGUAGACCCCUCACAACCUCCCUCUAGCAGCCCCUCCUCCGCAGGUCUGUCAAAUCAACGUCCAGUUUCAGAAAACAGCCCUCUUGUAAGAAAAUCAGCUGUUGGAUCUGCACCCUCUCAGCAGUCAGAGGAAGCAUCAGAAGUCUUACAUGACAAAACUACAACUGGAUCACAGUCAGGACGGGAGGAUGUAAUGGACCCAGUAGCCAAGGACGAGGUUUCAGAGACAAAGAUGGAGACCGUCUCAGAAGGUGAGGUGGUUAAAGACUGUUGGAUCAGUAAGUCACAAGAGACAUCUGAAUCUGAAGAAAAACCUGAAGUAGAAGAAACAGAUAGAAAAACAAAUGACAAAUCUGAAGAUUUAAAAGCAGUAGAAACAAAUAUGAAUUUAAGAAGUGUUCCAGAGAGCACUAAUGUUCUAAAGCUAGAAAGAGAGAUUCAUAAUGAAUAUUUCCAAGCGCCUCCACUCGGGCAGACCUUGACUUUUCAAGCACAUAAAAACAAAGAUCUGGAAGUGGAGUCAAUAUGUCCGCCGGUGCCUAUAGCAGAAAAAGAUACUAAUCCGGAGAGUGAAAAGAAGCCAGUGAUUUCUGAAAAACCUGAUCCAACUUCUGAAAAAAAGGCCACAGAGGCAGAAGGAAGCCAUGCCGCAGCAACAGUUUGUGACUUGGCGGAAAUGAAAAAAGCUGCAGAAAUUCCAUUUGAGAAACCUGGUUCAAAUUCACCUGUCAGACAAGUUCUGAACGCUCUCCAGUCAGCGUCAAGGGGCAGCCUUUCAUUAUCGUCCCACUCUCGGCAGUCUCCAGACACAGCAGAUUCAGAUGACUCUCCUUCGGCCCUGGAAAUGGAAGACAUUCCUGCAGGGACAUGUGUAACGUCCGACGUUAUUAAGGCCAGGCCUUUGGCAGGUCUUGCUGCACCUCUUAUCUCCCUUGCGCAAAGACAGAAAAUGGCAUCAGAGGACCCCAUCCUAGAUCACCAUCUGGACACAAGCUGUAACACCAGUCCUGAGGGCACCGACCUGGGCCUUUCUGAAGAGGAGCCUGAGAUGGAAAAUGUGCUCACUGAACCAGAGUCUGCUGCAGAGGUGGGAGGAGACACCAAUCACGACGAAUCCUCAGAAGAACAAACUUAUUCUCAAGAAACACUGGACAUGUACUUGAUCAAUUUACAUCGCAUUGACAAAGAUGUAAGACGUUGUGACAGAGCAUAUUGGUACUUCACUCCUGAGAACCUGGAGAAGCUGCGCAACAUCAUGUGCAGUUACGUGUGGCAGCAUCUGGACACAGGUUACGUCCAGGGCAUGUGUGAUCUGCUGGCUCCUCUACUUGUUAUUCUGGACGAUGAGGUCAUAGCCUUUAGCUGUUUCACUGAGCUGAUGAAGAGGAUGAACCAGAAUUUUCCUCAUGGAGGUGCCAUGGACUCUCACUUUGCCAAUAUGCGUUCUCUUAUCCAGAUCCUGGACUCUGAGCUGUUUGAACUAAUGCAGCAGAAUGGAGACUACACACACUUCUACUUCUGUUAUCGUUGGUUUCUACUUGACUUCAAAAGAGAAAUGGUGUAUGAGGAUGUGUACUCCGUGUGGGAAACAAUCUGGGCAGCCAAGUACACCUCCUCUAAGCACUUUGUGCUCUUUAUUGCUCUGGCACUUGUGGAGAUGUAUAGAGACAUCAUCCUAGAAAAUAACAUGGACUUCACAGACAUCAUCAAGUUCUUUAAUGAAAUGGCAGAGCGACACAACGUCCCGCAGGUCCUGAUGAUGGCUCGAGACUUGGUCCACAAAGUGCAGACGCUCAUAGAAAACAAGUGAUGCAGGAUGCUGCUGUUCUGCUGCCGCUCCCAUGUUUCUUUGUGCAAGCUAAAUUGUUUGGAGAUACUGACAAAACAACACAAUAGUCAUGUGUUCAAGAGGAAAGGAAUACAUGUUAACGAAAAGUAGUGUUUGGAAAGUACUGAAACGACAACGGGUCAAUAUUCUAUGAUGAUUGCAUAACAACUUCUUCCCAGUUGCUCCUUCUACGUUCAGGGGAGAUGCAAUUGUUGCCAGUAAAUUUUAUUUUUAAAGCGUUUAUGUUCACCUAGUGAAUGUACCCUUGUUAAAAAUGUUUCAGGAUGUUGUUUAUUUUGCCUUAAAUUGAGCCAUUUUCAGGGAUACAAGCAACCAAAUUCGUAACUAUAUUGUUCUUCUUCAAGGUUGAUUUUGUUUAGUUAUACUUACCACACAUCUUGUGAUGCACUUGAGUAUAUUUUCAUAAAUACAUUUUUGCUGAAAUUGUAGCUACCAUGAUUAGACAUCUUGUGAUGCACUUGAAUUUGUUUUUUAGUAAUAAUAUCUGGCAUUAUUAAAUGAAUUGAUUUAGUAAACGUCAGAAGUACAGAAGGUUGUGUGCUCCACGUAGCAUGAGUGGUUUGCUUCUCAAUAGCCAUUUUGAGGACCACUUGCUGGCUUCACUGCGGCUUGAUGGUCCUCCUCCU